GGACUUUUUCUCAAUUGCAAUAAAUACAAUAAGAGAUGGAAUCAACAAAAUCGAGAGAAGUCAAAGAGACAAUUGAUAUUCUGCUCGAUAUGGCAACAAUGCUGAAUACAGGCUUAGACAGAGAUACGUUAAGUUUAUGUAUAUCCUUAUGUGAGAAAGGUGUCAAUCCCGAAGCAUUAGCAGUGAGUAUGAUUAGGUUAUUUCAGAAUCGUUUGACAAAGAAAAAAACUAAACAGCAUUGCUUAGACCGUCAUCAAGGAGUUACGUCAGUUGCGAAAUACAAACAGUCAAUAACCAGAAAAAAAGAAAACUGCAUUAAUUUCACCUUUGCCUACUAAUCGCUCUGUAUACCCGUCCCCGCUUCCCCUCCGCCUUUUCUCUUUUUACUAAAUAUACUAUUCAUUCCAUCAAGAUCGGAUAAACAUCAAUCGCUUAUGAAACGAGAAGGAUCGUCAGUACCCACGAAUGACAAUAAAAAACUCAAAAAAG